AUGCGAGUUCCUAUUGGUACAAAAGAACGUCUAUGUAUAGCAUUAAGAUAUUUAGCUACGGGUUGUUCAUUUUCUGAACUUCGUGUAAAUUUUAAAGUGGGUGCAAGUACCGCCCGUGGCAUAGUUUUAGACACAUGCAAAAUAAUUUGGAAUAAAAUGAAGGCUUCAUGCAUGCCAGAAUUAACAAAAAAAUAUUGGAUAGAAGUUGCGGAAAUUUACAAAAAAAAAGCUAAUUUCCCUCAUUGCCUCGGAGCUAUUGAUGGGAAACAUAUACGGAUUAGAAAACCCAGCAAUACGGGAUCGGAAUAUUUUAAUUAUAAAAAUUAUUUUUCUAUUUUACUAAUGGCCGUCGUCGACGCCAAUUAUAAAUUUUUAGUUGUCGAUAUUGGUGCAUACGGAAAAGGCUCAGAUUCACUAGUAUUUCAAGACGGUCAUUUUGGUCAAAGACUUCAACGUGAUGAACUAGAUCUACCACAAGCAUCCAUCAUUGAUGGUUACAAUAUGGGCCCGUUUUUCC